ACCUGUUGUCUGUGACCACAGUAAAGUCCUGCUGUGGGUUGAUGCUGUUUCCACUGUGCUCAUUGAAAUGUGAUGUUGAAAUGUAAUGAAUCCACUGGUGUUAGUUUGUAGUCUUUUCAGCUCUGAUGAAUUCAUUCUUCAUAGAUUUCACUGACAGUGAUGGUGAAGAAAACACGUCCUGUUCUGUUCUCUGUCCUUGUUCCAGCUCUAAUCUCCUGCAGGGUUCUGACCUCAGCUAAACUCAGUGAAACAACUCGUGUUAAAUAUUAACGAGUUAAUGACAGUACACCUUUAAGGCAGCACAGACUGAGGUCACGUGGUUCUCCACAAAGUUUACUUUCGGUUUUGAUGAGGAGAGUUUGUGUCGCAGUUUAUUUCUCGCAGGUGGAGCUCUAACAUCAACUACUGAGGUGAAGUCUGUUCACAGCUUCUACUGCACAUCUGUCUGGACUCUACUCUGUCAGUGAGUGGAGGACCAACAUCUAUAGAAAUAAGCAGAUUCUUAAACCCAGCAGCUGGUCUGAGUCAGAGAGACAACAUGGGAGGUUCAUCAUCCAGUGAGUCCAGUCCACCUCCACCACCUCCACCAUCACCACCUCCACCACCUCCACCAUCACCACCUUCACCACCUUCACCAGAACCACUACGUCAUUUUCUUCAAGCCUUGGAGAUCCACGCUGAUCAAGCCAGUACCAUCAUGAUGCAUCGCGUUAUACUGAGGAGGCCACUAAGCAGCAGCAGCAGUGAAGUCUUUCUGUCUACAUCAUCUGAUGAUGACAUUCUUUCAGGACUUUCAGGACUUCCAAGCUCUCUGAUUACUGAGGAUGGCCCGUGGGGUGAGGCCUUUCUUUCAGAACCUCCAUUCUGUCCGUUUAUGGAGGAUGAGGAGCUGGAUGAGGAGCUGGAUGAGGAGCUGGAUGAGGAUUGCUUGUCUGAUGAUGACACAGCAUCAAAACGACUAAGGAGGCUGAGAGAAGAGGCUGAUUCUGACUAUUCUCGACUGCUGAGGGAAACGUUGAGGAUCGUAGAGGAAGUGAACCGGAAAGGAAAAAAUCUGAUGGAGGGCUUUACAGAUGUUGGCUUUUCAGAACUGAAGAUGGAAAUGAAAACACUCAAGGAGAAAACCAGUGAGCUCAAGGCUCAACGCUCACGUCUGCAAUCUCUGAUACAUCCAUCAUCCGAUGAUGACAUUCUUUCUGGACCUCCAAGCCCUGAGAUUGAGGAUGAGGAUGAGGAUGAGGAGGCGGAGGAUGAGGAUGACCUGUCUGCUCUCAGGAUUGUUCUAGUGGGCAAACAUGAUGACAAAAAGUCGAAGCUUGGUAACUUCAUCCUAAACUGUCAGGUUUUCCAAAAACACCAAAAACAGCUUGUCGCCACCAGCAGAGAGUGGAAGGGAAAAUCAUUAACUGUAGUUAAAACUCAAGAUGUCUUCAGUCUGUCUGUUGAAGCAGUGAGAGAAGUGAUGAAGAGCUGUGUGAGUCUUUGUCGUCCUGGACCAAAUGUUCUGCUGCUGUUAGUGAAACCUUCUGAUUUCACUGAGGAGAACAGAAAAACACUGAAGUUCAUCCUGAGUUUGUUUGGUCAAGAUGCUUUUAGAUACUCAAUGGUCGUCAUAACAGACAAGAAGAGUGGAACACAUUCAACUGUGAAUCAGCUGAUUAGAGACUGUGGAGGAAGAUACUACAACAUGUUUGAAAGUGACCACAGAGUGUUAAUGCAGAAGAUUGAGAACAUUGUGCAUGAAAACAAAGGAACCUUCCUCACCUUCACUGAAGAGACCAUAAGACCAAAGUCUGAACACAUCAAACCAUCUUUAAACCUGGUUCUGUGUGGGAGGAGAGGAGCAGGGAAGACUUCAGCAGCCAAGGCCAUUUUAGGUCAGACAGAGCUUCAUUCAGUCUCCACCUCAUCAGAGUGUGUUAAACAUCAGGGAGAGGUGUGUGGACGUUGGGUUUCCCUGGUGGAGCUGCCUGCCUUGUAUGGAAAACCUCAGGAGGCAGUGAUGGAGGAAUCAUUCAGGUGUAUCUCCCUCUGUGAUCCUGAGGGCGUCCAUGCCUUCAUCCUGGUCCUACCUGUGGGUCCCCUCACUGAUGAAGACAAGGGAGAGUUAGAGACCAUCCAGAACACAUUCAGCUCUCCAGUCAAUGACUUUACCAUGAUUCUGUUCACUGUGGAGUCAGAUCCUACAGCUCCAGCUGUUGUUAACUUUAUAAAGGGCAAAGACAUCCAGGAGCUCUGUCAGAGCUGUGGAGGAAGAUCUGUUGUUCUCAACAUCAGGGUCAAGAGGCAGAUCCAAGAGAUGGUGAACAUUGUGGUUAAGAUGAGUGUUGGAGGACCCAGAUGCUUCACUAAGGACAUGUUCACCAAGGCUCAGAUGGAGAAGGUUUCAGACCUCAAAGCUGAACUUCAGGAUGUGAAACAGAGGACUCAGAGCAGAGAGCCUCUCAGGAUGGUGCUGAUUGGGAAGACUGGCAGUGGGAAAAGCUCAACAGCAAACACUAUUUUGGGCAAAAAGCAUUUCAAACCCAGAAUCCCUCCAAAGCCAACGAUCAAGUCUUGUGAGAAAGCAGCCGGAGAUGUCGAUGGACGGCCUGUUGUUGUGGUCAACACCCCUGGUUUGUUUGACACAACUCUCUCUGAUGAUGAAAUUAAACAGGAGCUUCAGAAAUGUAUGACCAUGUUGUCUCCUGGACCUCAUGUGUUCUUACUGGUGCUGCAGAUCGGGAACUUUACACCAGAGGAAAAAGACUCAGUGGAACUGAUCAAGAAAUAUUUUGGUGAUAAGUCCAGAGAUUUCACCAUCAUCAUAUUCACCAGAGGAGAUGAACUGGAUGAUCAGUCAUUUCAGAGUUACAUCAAAGACUGUGAUGACUUUGUCAAACAGCUAAUAAAUGACUGUGGAGGAAGAUAUCAGGUCUUUAAUAACAAAGAUGAAACAAACCACACACAAGUCUGUGAGCUGCUGAACAAGAUGGAGACCAUGGUGGAGAAAAAUGGUGGCAGCUGCUACACUGCUGAGAUGUUUGAUGACACAGAGAAAUCCACACUAAUACAAGUGGAGAGGAUGAUGAAAGAGAAGGAAGAAGAGAUUAAUGAGAUGAAGAGAAAGGAGGAAGACCUCAGAAGAAAACAUGAGGAAGAUUUAAAAACACUGAAAAAGAAAAUUAAUGAACAGAGAGGAGAAAUUGAACUGAGUGCAAAACAGCUGAAGGACAGAGAUGAAUGUAUUAAGAAAGCAUGUGAGGAGAGAAAGAAAGAACGAGAGGAAGACGAAAAGAGACGGAAAAAACAAGAAGAAAGUCUGAGACAGGAGUGGAGAGGAAAACUGGAAGCGUCAGAGAGAAGAGUUCAGUCAGAAAGAGAGCAGAAGGAAACUGUUGAGAGGAAGCUGGAGCAGUUUAGGAAAGAGGUGAAGAGAGACCGAGAGGCCUGGGAUAAAGAAAAGAAGGACAUGUGGGAACGAAUGCAUCAGGACCUGAAACAAAACCUGGAAGAGGAGAAAAUGAGCUUCAGAAAGCUCCAAGAGGAGUACUAUCGUAAGAGAAAGAAGUGGACGUAUUGCUUUUUUGUGCUAAUGUUGUCUUUAACACUUUUAUUAUAUUAUGUAUUUCAGAGGUAGACAUCCUCACACUCUACAGAGUGCCAAGGCAAAAGAACUCAGAUGAGGAGUUUUACAUCUUGCCAGCUGUUACUCUAUUAACAAACCAGCAGAGUCCAACAAGGACAGAAAUCGGACUUUAACAUUACAUUACAUGUUAUACCCACCAGUUGGUAAAUUUAACCUAUUAAGAUGGAGGUAAAAUGAAUUCAGAUCUAAUAUGGUUCUAGUUUUUAUCUUAGAGUUGUCAUAAUAUGUUUUCUUAGAUUUUUUAUUGAUGAUUUUAUCACUGCAUUACAGAACAUAGACUUGAGUGUACAGAUAUAAUUUUAUGCGUUUUUGUGGUGAUUUAAGUCCUUCAGAGAUCAAAUCUUGAGUUGUACAGUUACAGACACUAUUGAAUGUCAGUGUUUUUCUUUUGUUUGCACAGACCUAUAAUUUGCAUUUUUAUUUCAUUAUAGCCAUGUUCACACGUUCAACUUGCACAGCCUAGUGUCUGAUGCAAUUAAAAUAAAAAAUGAAAAAUGUUGUGUAA